GUGUUUCGUUGACAACAUCACACAAUUAUCGUUGAAUCAUCAAUUGUCAAGGUUCGCCUUAUAAGUAAAAGGCGGCAAUCGAGUUCUUUGUUCAACAUUUGGUUCCAUCUGACCCAUCAAGAACUCGAACUACAAUCUUCAACCAUGUCCACUCGAUUCACGAAUCACGAAGGUCUAUAUCCUCUCCGUACCUUCGACCUUAAAUCGACCGCCAGCUCCCUAUCAGACUCUCCCCUCAGCUCGACAAGCACAUUAGCUUUGGAGGACGAUCACAUACGAAGCACCUUCUUUUCCGAGAAACUAGGUGAUGGCAGUGGACAAUGCGAACUCCCUCUGACCACUCUAGCCAGCCUCACCGAUAUCCUCGAUCAGGUCGACAUAUACGACAUCAAGUACGGGAAGGAACUCAACCCCACCGCUUCCCCGUUCACGCCAAAAGGCCACUCUCAACUUGAAACUCGAGCCUCCCCGAACUCCCCGAACCGACAUCGGAAUUCCUACGCGUCAUCGCCGCUACUUCGGCAUUCUCCAACUUAUCAUGCUGCUCCUGUGCAGACAACAGACUGGUUAUCCAUAUUCCAUGCUGCCAUCGUCCACCCCCGACCAACGUUACCUGUCCUCGCAGCAUACGCACGAGAUCUUGUAGAUACCACGCAAUGGGAUCAGUCUGAAGAGGACAUCAUCGAACUCACAAAACGGAUCUGCUUCCAAGCGAUGGUGAAUGACGAAACCAACCACGAAGUCCUAGCUCCCUUCGCGAGAGAAAUCAUGCUCUGUCUCCACGACUCCUUCGCAGAACACAUUUCUCAUUCGUUCGCUUGGCAUCUGAGAGAAGGAACGAUGGGAGUGUUUAAAGCUAGUUGGUGUACAACCGUCUGUCCGAAUGCCAUCUCAUAUCACACUGCCCCAUCAGAAGAAUACGUCCAUACGGCUACGACGUUCCUACAUUUUAUCGGAGACUUGUUCUCAAUGGGAAUACUGACCAAAGAGAACAUCUCCAUGUGUUUGUCCGUCCUCGCGCACGAGCUGGUCUCCAUCGAACACAUUGAGGCUAUCCGAACUCUAAUAGAGAGUGCGCAAGUCGAGUUUUGGUGUAGUCCAGGGGAGACAAGACCAAGUGGGGAGAUGAUGAGACGUUUUAUUCAACAUUUCUCGAUGAAGGUCGACAAUUUCCAAGAUGGUGUUACGCCAUUCAGUGUGCUCGGGAGACUUGCAGGACCGGAAGAAAGGGACGCGAAGGUUCACGAGGUAUUGAGUAUGUUAUCACAUUGGUGGGGAGGUGAUAGCGGUUUGGGAUUGUGA